UAUUAAUCGUACAACAAUGAUGCAAAUUUAUUUUAACAAAACUCUCAUAUAUAAAAUCAUGGUAUACAAUGAAAUGAAAGAAUCGACCUUCUAGCCAUCGCUUGAAUUGGCAUUUAUGUUACCUCAGAAUAUUAAUAUAAAAGUUGAUCUUUAUAGUUGUGACAACUUUUUUAUAUUAGAAUUCCCAUUUAAAAAAAUAACACAACUCAUCGUAUUUUUGUAUGAAAUUUAUUGAUUUUUGAUCAAUUAGGAUUGAUGUUGAAUUUAUUUUUCAUAAGUAGUUAUGUUUUCUGCAUAAUAAACAUAAUUUUUUACUGCGUAUAAUAUUGAAAGAAAGGCUAAAAAAGUGAACAUAUUUUUUAUCCUACUUAGAUAAUUUCGAAAAGAAUUUUUUUUCGACGUUAACAGUGGAUACUUUCGUAAAAAUUAUAUUACUAUCUUACUGAGAAAACCCAAAUUCAGUUAUGAAUUUUCAUAUUUUAUUUUUUAUUCUUAUGAGUAAUUUGGUGUGUUCUCGGUCAUCAUCAUCAACAACAUCGUAUCAGUAUAAACCAAUAUUUCGACCUAAUUUACCGGCAGGACCAUUUAAAAUGAAAAUUAAAGCAUACAUGCCUUGCGAUAUCAAAUUUGAUCAUUUAAUCAAUUUUAAUAUUUAUUUGAGUAAAACUUCUCUAACCCGAUUUGAAAUAAUGGGCAAUUUAACAUUUUUAAUUCCUUUUGAUGAUUCAUUGACCAUAAAUCUAAAUUACGCUGUAAAAGGAUCAAACGGUGGCUGGAUUAAAAAUUCACAUUUAAUGACUAUCAAAAACGCUUGUAACUCAUUGAAAUCGCACCUGGGCAAUCGUUGGCUUAAUUAUACUAAAGCUUUUAAUUUCAAAGGAACUGAUUGCCCUAUAUCACCGGGAGUUUAUGUAUCAUCUGGAAUUGAUCAAAGCAUAUUCGAAAACUGCGACGUUCAAAGUUUUUUUUUUUAUGGCGAAUACAAAGUUACUCUUACAUUUAAUAAUUCUUCGGGCGUUUUAGUGGGUUGCAGUGAAUCUUUGCAAGAUAUUGUGCGUCCAUGGGAAUAAUUGAACAAAUGUCAAGAUAUAUAAAUUACAUCUUUGUUAAUUUCAUAUUUUAUGACUUGGUACUUUUUAUAUUAUUCCAAAUAAAAUAUUAAACUCUUUAAUCUAA